AUGGGAAAUGCAGCAACAUGUGAGGCGUGUGGAUCAGAUAGAGCGUUAAGGACCACUGGGAGUGACAGGAGUUUCUACAAACACUCUGACUACUACGGAUCUGCUGAUUCUGGAUCUGAAGAUGAUGACUCGCUGUCGGACAGUAACACCAGUUUCCUUCGAGCUGCCCGGGCGGGAAACAUCGACAAAGUCCUUGAAUUCCUGAAAAAUGGAGUAGAUAUCAGCACUUGUAACCAGAAUGGUCUGAAUGCUUUGCACCUGGCAGCAAAGGAGGGACACACAGAUUUAGUGGAGGAGUUGCUGGAGAGAGGAGCACCUGUUGACUCCUCCACCAAGAAAGGAAACACCGCCCUCCAUAUUGCCUCCUUGGCAGGACAGAAAGAAGUAGCAUGUAUCCUGGUGAAGAGAGGAGGGGAUGUCAACGCUCAGUCACAGAAUGGCUUCACUCCACUUUAUAUGGCAGCCCAGGAGAAUCACUUGGAGGUGGUGAGGUACCUGUUGGAAAGUGAUGGGAACCAAAGCAUCGCAACAGAGGAUGGCUUCACUCCACUGGCCAUCGCUCUCCAGCAGGGCCACAACGCCGUGGUCUCCCUGCUGUUGGAGCACGACACCAAGGGGAAGGUUCGCCUGCCGGCCCUGCACAUCGCCGCCCGCAAGGACGACACCAAGUCGGCCGCACUGUUGCUGCAGAACGACCACAACGCCGACGUCCAGUCGAAGAUGAUGGUCAAUAGAACCACAGAGAAUGGGAAGAGUGGGUUCACCCCUCUGCACAUCGCGGCUCACUAUGGUAACGUGAACGUCUCCACGCUACUGAUGAACAGAGGAGCUGCUGUGGACUUCCCUGCCAGGAAUAUGAUAACUCCGCUCCAUGUGGCCUCCAAGAGAGGUAACACCAACAUGGUGGCCCUGCUGUUGGACAGAGGGGGUCAAAUAGACGCUAAAACAAGGGAUGGGCUGACCCCUCUGCACUGUGCAGCCAGGAGUGGACAUGACCCUGCAGUGGAGCUGCUGCUGGAGAAAGGAGCACCGAUGCUAGCUAGAACCAAGAACGGACUGUCCCCGCUGCACAUGUCGGCCCAGGGAGACCACGUCGAGUGUGUGAAACUCCUGCUGCAGGACAAGGCGCCUGUUGAUGAUGUCACCCUGGACUACCUCACAGCGCUGCAUGUCUCAGCUCACUGUGGCCACUACAGAGUCACCAAGCUGCUGCUGGACAAGAAGGCCAAUCCCAAUGCUAGAGCACUGAAUGGAUUCACCCCGCUCCACAUUGCCUGUAAGAAGAACAGGGUGAAGGUGAUGGAACUGUUGGUCAAAUAUGGCGCCUCCAUCCAGGCCAUUACUGAGUCUGGUCUGACUCCAAUCCAUGUCUCCGCCUUCAUGGGCCACCUCAACAUUGUUCUGCUUCUGCUGCAGAACGGCGCCUCCCCUGAUGUCCGUAACAUACGUGGUGAGACGGCUCUCCACAUGGCAGCACGAGCAGGUCAAAUGGAAGUGGUUCGCUGUUUGCUGAGAAAUGGAGCGCUGGUGGAUGCCAUGGCCAGGGAGGAGCAGACUCCGCUCCACAUCGCAUCACGUUUGGGGAAAACCGACAUAGUCCAGUUGCUGCUUCAGCACAUGGCCCACCCUGAUGCUGCCACGACCAACGGGUACACUCCACUCCACAUCUCAGCCAGGGAGGGGCAGGUGGAGACUGCUGCCGUGCUGCUGGAGGCCGGAGCCUCACACUCAAUGGCCACCAAGAAAGGAUUUACUCCAUUACAUGUAGCAGCUAAAUAUGGAAGCCUGGACGUAGCAAAACUUCUACUCCAGCGCAAAGCUCUUCUCGACGAUGCCGGCAAGAGUGGCCUGACUCCGCUACAUGUGGCAGCUCAUUAUGACAACCAGGAAGUAGCUCUGCUGCUGCUGGAUAAAGGGGCUUCACCUCAUGUUACCGCAAAGAAUGGCUACACUCCUCUUCACAUCGCGGCCAAAAAGAACCAGAAGAAUAUUGCAGUAGCUCUGCUGCAGUACGGAGCAGAGACCAACGUUCUGACCAAGCAGGGAGUCAGCCCUCUACACCUGGCAGCCCAGGAAGGACACGCUGAGAUGGCCAGUCUGCUGCUGGGAAAAGGAGCCCACGUCAACACAUGCACCAAGAGCGGACUGACUCCUCUGCAUCUAUCAGCCCAGGAGGACAGAGUCAAUGCUGCAGAAGUUCUGGCAAAACACAAUGCAAACCUGGAUCAACAAACUAAGCUCGGAUAUACUCCUCUGAUCGUGGCUUGUCACUAUGGAAAUGGCAAGAUGGUGAACUUCCUAUUACAGCAAGGAGCCGGCGUCAAUGCCAAAACCAAGAGUGGUUACACACCGCUUCACCAGGCUGCACAACAAGGAAACACACACAUAAUCAACUUGUUGCUGCAACAUGGGGCCAAACCCAAUGCUACUACAAUGAAUGGAAACACUGCUCUGUCGAUUGCUCGGCGUCUGGGUUACAUCUCCGUGGUGGACACACUGAAAGUUGUCUCUGAGGAGAUCAUCACCACCACAACGACGGUCACAGAGAAACACAAGCUCAACGUCCCUGAGACCAUGACGGAGAUCCUUGAUGUUUCUGAUGAAGAGGGUGAGGACACCAUGACAGGGGACGGUGGGGAGUAUCUUAGAGCAGAGGAUCUCAGGGAGCUGGGAGAUGACUCUCUUCCGGGACAUUACCUGGACGGCUUCAGCUACAUGAGCCACAACCUGGACAGGCAGCAGCACACUCCCAUUCACCAAAGCUUCCAUCAGAGAGAUGGCGUUCUUAUCGAAGACAUGCUCACCAGCCACCAGGUUUCAACGUUAUCGAGAGAAGACAAGGAAUCGUUCCGUCUGAGCUGGGGAGCGGAGCACCUUGAUAAUGUGGUGCUGUCCUCCAGUCUGUUACACUCAGGCCGUUCCUCUCCGUGCCUAGACCAUGACAACAGCAGCUUCCUUGUCAGCUUCAUGGUUGACGCCAGGGGCGGGGCCAUGCGUGGUUGCCGUCACCAUGGCCUGCGAAUCAUCGUACCACCAAGGAAGUGUUCUGCACCUACACGGGUGACGUGCAGGCUGGUGAAGAGACACCGCCUGGCGUCUAUGCCCCCUAUGGUGGAGGGUGAGGGGCUGGCUGGGCGCAUCAUAGAAGUAGGGCCCACUGGAGCUCAGUUCUUGGGUAAGCUCCACCUGCCCACAGCUCCGCCCCCUUUGAAUGAGGGCGAGAGCCUGGUCAGUCGCAUUCUUCAGCUGGGUCCUCCAGGAACCAAGUUCCUCGGGCCUGUGAUUGUGGAGAUUCCCCAUUUUGCGGCUCUGCGGGGCACAGAGAGAGAGUUGGUGAUCUUGCGGAGUGAGACCGGGGAGAGCUGGAGGGAACACCACUGUGACUUCACCGAAGAAGAACUGAACCUGAUACUUAAUGGCAUGGAUGAAAAACUUGAUUCUCCUGAGGAGCUUGAGAAGAAAAGAAUAUGCCGCAUCAUGACCCGAGAUUUCCCGCAGUACUUUGCGGUGGUCUCACGGAUAAAGCAAGACAGUCAUUUCAUCGGACCAGAGGGUGGGGUCCUCAGCAGCACUCUUGUGCCUCAGGUCCAAGCCGUCUUCCCUGAAGGAGCCCUCACAAAGAAGAUCAGAGUUGGGCUACAGGCUCAGCCCAUUGAUGUGGAUGUGGUGAGAAAGAUUCUCGGCAACAAAGCCACAUUUAGCCCAAUUGUGACACUAGAGCCAAGAAGGAGGAAGUUCCACAAACCAAUCACCAUGACGAUCCCGAUUCCCAAGAGCUCCAACCCUGACGAGCCGAGCUCGGGGUACAGUGGGGAGACCCCCACCUUACGUUUGCUUUGCAGUAUUACUGGCGGAACCACUCCUGCCCAAUGGGAGGACAUCACCGGCUCCACACCGCUCACCUUUGUCAACCAAUGUGUUUCCUUUACCACAAAUGUGUCAGCAAGGUUCUGGCUGAUAGACUGCAGACAGAUCCAAGAAUCCGUUAGUUUUUCUUCUCAGCUGUACAGAGAGAUCAUCUGUGUUCCCUACAUGGCCAAGUUUGUCAUUUUCGCCAAAACACUGGACCCCAUCGAGGCCCGGCUGCGGUGCUUCUGCAUGACGGACGACAAGAUGGACAAAACCCUGGAGCAGCAGGAGAACUUCACUGAAGUUGCCCGCAGCAGAGAUGUUGAGGUGCUGGAGGGAAAACCCAUAUUUGCUGACUGCUUUGGAAAUCUGGUGCCUCUUACCAAGAGUGGACAACACCACGCGUUCAGCUUUUUUGCCUUCAAGGAGAACAGACUGGCGCUCUUCAUCAAAAUUAGAGACACAGCGCAGGAGCCGUGUGGCCGCCUGUCCUUUACGAAGGACCCAAGGACGUACCGUAGUCUGAACCACAACGCUAUCUGCAACCUGAACAUCACCCUCCCAACAUACUCAAAGGAGUCUGAUUCAGACCAAGAUGCAGAUGAUGAGAGUGAAAAGAGUGACAAGAAAUAUGAUGAAUCAGAAUCAACUGAGACAUUCUCCCUGAGAACUAAUCAACCUCUUGACCCCGCAACACUUGCAAGCCCAGACCUUCUCUCAGACAUGUCGGACAUCAAAUUGUGUGCCAUUCUGACUGCAGGGCAAAUGAAUGAGGAGGGAACUGAAGCUGGAGCCUUUGAGCAUUUUGCCGUAGUCAGACUGGAAAAUGUUGCAGAGACUCAAAGAGAUGGACUGGAUAGCACUCGAAAGGAAGUAAAAGGUGGUGAUGCUAAAAAAGAUCAACGGUGUUCAAUCUGUGAGACUAAGGCUGACACGAGUAUUUCACUUGUCAAAGAACAAGUCAUACAAGAGAUUUGCAUUGACAGGAAGACUUUAAUUGGAUCUACCACUGAAGUGAGAGACAUGUCAGGCAUGGUUUCACACCUUAACACAGACAUGGAAGAAUACUUUGAACAGAGACCUGAAGUGAUGAAGAGUUCUGAAGAAGAACAUGCCGAAGAUGGAUCUGAACAGGUUGUAGUCAAGCGUGAUGGCAAACGGCGUCCUCCAGAUAUCAAGAAACCUAUUAGGAAGAAACUCAGAGACAGGGAGCGUUCUGCAUGUAGCAGCUCUGAGUGUGAGCUGGAAAGGAUGAGCUCAGAGGAGUCUUUGGAUGGUGAUGUUGUCCUUAAUGAGAGUGGCCUUGUACCAACCCCAGUUAUGGAUCCUCCAGCUUCUCCUUUAGUGGUUGAAACAUCUAUAGGAUCUAUAAAAGAGAGAGUGAAAGCUUUACAAAACAAAGUUGAAAUUGAUGAGGUGCAAAAAAAUACUCAAGAUCCAACACAUGGAGAAAAAUUGUCUAUCACAACAAGGAAGAUGGAGGCAGACUUUCCAGAGCUUCCAAGAGUUCCCAUAUCCCCUAAAUCUCAAACAGAAAGAUUAGAGGAGACUAUGUCUGUCAGGGAGCUAAUGAAAGCCUUCCAAACUGGGCAGGACCCUUCAAAAAGCAAAUCUGGGCUAUUUGAACACAAAGCUGUGGCCUCUAAUGAUACAUUUCAACAAACUCCAGAGGAGCCACAAUCACAAAUCCAACAUCAGGGCCCCACAAUUUCACAUCAAGCGAGUGAUGUCAAGAAAUGUGACAAAACAGAUGAACCGGUUCUCUUAAUUAGAGAUAACUCUGAGGAUACAGAGUUAUGGUCCGAUAGUAAUAAUUUUAGAAAGACAGUGAAAUUUGUUGAUACACAUCCAUGUGAAGACGGAAGAGUAAGCCCGCAGAGAGAGACAGCAGAGUUGUCAGAAAAUGAGGCUAUGUCUGUGAAGGACCUGAUGAAAUCAUUCCAGUCUGGGCAAGAUCCAUCAAAAACUAGAGUAGGGCUAUUUGAACACAAACCUAUAGCUUCCUGUAUUUCAACAUUUAUGUCCCGAUCAGAAGUUGCUGAAGACGUACAGAUGUUUAAACAAAGUCCUACCCAAGCGCCAAAAUCACAAAAUCAAGCUCAGAGCCUGACAAUUUUCCAUUCACAAAGCGAUGUCAACAUCCAUGGCGAGACAGACUUGGAAGAUCAACCAACACAUGUGUCUGAGAAAAUGCCCUUGAAUUCCGAUGCUGCUCCUUCUGUUAAGACAGUAACAUUUGCGGAUACAGUUCUCUGUGACGAUGGAAGGGUUAUCCCACAGAGAGAUACAACAGAGUUUUCAGAGAAAGAGACCAUCUCUGUGAAGGAGCGGAUGAAAACAUUCCAAACUGAACAGGAAUCUUUUGGAGGGCUAUUGGAACCCAAAGCAGUGGCUUAUUCUUGUAUUUCAACAACCAUAUCUGAAUCUGUAUGUCCUGAACAAAAAGAAUGGAUCAAACUCAGUCCUACACAGGAGCCAGAAUUACAAACACAAAUACAGAAUCCUGCUUUUUACCAUCCUGAGAGUGAUGCCAACAUAUCUGGAGCAUUGGAUGUAGAACCUCAAACAGUAAACCUAAAAAGAGAUGCCUCUGGGGAAUCACAACUGUUUUCAGGUACCACUUAUUUGGGUGAGACAGCAACAAAUGUUGAUACAAUUGAAUUUGAGGAUGGAAGGGUUAGCCCUCAAAGUAAGGAACAAGAGUGCACAGGGAAGAGCCGUGGCAGGAUGCACUUAGAAGAGCCUGUCAUAAGCAAAGGGAGGAGUUCAUCUGUGGACAUGCAAAUCAGUCCUGAUCGUAGACCUUCUGAGGAUUUUAGUGCCGACAUCAAGGCUGAGCUGGAACAAAGUCCAGAGUACCAGCUAUUCAAGCAAACGUCAACAACUGCAGAUGUUAGCAAUCAGAUGGAGGAACCUGAGGAAGAGACCCAGGGUGAUGAAUCUAAUGCAAAUCCAGCAUCUAUAAUGAUUCCAUGUAUGAAAGAUUAUUUUGGGAAAGAUGUUUCUCGUUUUGAGACUCAAAAGAAAGAUGAUGAACUAAGUCCUGACAGUCCCAAACAUGAAGGCAUGGCUGAAACCUCAGACACUAGUGUUGGUAUUAGGACCCCUCAUUCCAGCUCAGGAGAGAGCGACAAUUAUGAAGGACCCAUACUGACCCACCAAGUGAACAACAAAAUGCAUACUUACUCUGCUGGAAGAGAAGAGAAGUGCAACACACCUUCACCAGAAGAGAAAAUGCGUGAAUCAUGGAUGGACAAUACGACUACUCACGGAAACAAAAUCCUCUAUACACAAAUUGACACUGAAGUACCAAAUGUCAAAAUUGAGGAGGCCAAACUUAAAGAAGUCCACAUCGCGAAGAAAACAUCUAAUCAGACAUCCACUGCAGUACGAGAUAUGUCAGGGAUGUUGUCUUUAAUGAGCAGUGAUUUGGAUCAGGAUCUACAAGCUCAGCCUCUGGUACGACAGCCAUCAGAUGAAGAUGUUGUUCAGGAUAAAUUUGAACAAAUCAUUUUAACAAAGGACAAGGAUAAAGAAAUCCUCACAUAUAUAACUGAUGAAAACAAAGGAGCAAUUAUGGAUGGGACCUUGCAAGAAAUAGAUCAAGCAACAAUUGAAGAACUUUCAAUUACAAGGAGAGUUGACGAAAUCCAACCAAUCUUGACUGAAGAACUUUCAAUGAAGGAAGAUUGGGUUAAGAAAAAGAUGUCACAUCAACCAUCUACAAAAGUAAAGGACAUGUCAGGCAUGCCAUCACUGAUCAGCAGUGACCUGGACCUGUAUCUCAAGGACAGACCAGUGGAUAAUAGACCUCGGGAUGAGGAUGUUACCCAAGAGAAAUUUGAAGAAGUCACUCUCACUAAGAUCCCAAAUUCCAAAGAUCCAAGAAAUGAGCAGCAAACAAUAACAAGCUUUGAACAAGUUAUACUGACAAGUCAUCAUUUUGAGGAAAGGAUAAGUGGAGAGGAAAAUGAACACAUGCAGGCUGAUGUGGUUGAAGUCAAAGAAAUGACACCAAGUUCUGUUUUGGAGACACCAUUCCAAGAAGUUUGUAUCCAAGGAAAGACUCACCACCAGCAGUCUACAGCUGAGAGGGACAUGUCCGGCAUGUUGUCAUUGCUCAGUAGUGACUUAGAUCAGUAUCUCAAGGAAAGUCCAGUGGCAAUACAAUGCCACCCAGAUGAUGAUCUGGUCAAUGAGAGCUUUGAACAAGUUAUACUCACACGCAAUCGUUUGGAGGAUAACAUAGGUGAAGAGGCAAAUGAGUACAUGCAAUAUGAUGUGGUUGGAGGCUCAGAACUGUCACCAAGUUCUGUUUUGGAGAGACCGUUCCAAGAAGUUACUAUCAUGAAAAAGGCACAGCAGCCACCUGCAGCUGAGAGGGACAUGUCCGGCAUGUUGUCAUUGCUCAGUAGUGACUUAGAUCAGUAUCUCAAGGAAAGGCCAGUUGCAGUAGAAUGUCAUCCAGUAGAGCAUCUAGUCCAUGAGACCUGCAAACAAGUUAAAAUUACAAGUAAUAAUUUGGUGGAUAACAUAGGUGAAGAGGCAAAUGAGUACAUGCACACUGAUGUGGUUGGAUGCUCAGAAUUAUCUCCCAGUUCUCGUUUGGAAAGACCAUUCCAAGAAGUUACUAUCAAGAAAAAGCCACAGAAGCUACCUGAAGCUGAGAGGGACAUGUCAGGCAUGUUGUCAAUGCUCAGUAGUGACUUAGAUCAGUAUCUCAAGGAAAGUCCAGUGGCAAUACAAUGCCACCCAGAUGAUGAUCUGCAUCUAGUCCAUGAGACCUGCAAACAAGUUAAAAUUACAAGUAAUAAUUUGGUGGAUAACAUAGGUGAAGAGGCAAAUGAGUACAUGCACAUUGAUGUGGUUGGAUGCUCAGAAUUAUCUCCCAGUUCUCGUUUGGAAAGACCAUUCCAAGAAGUUACUAUCAAGAAAAAGCCACAGAAGCUACCUGAAGCUGAGAGGGACAUGUCAGGCAUGUUGUCAAUGCUCAGUAGUGACUUAGAUCAGUAUCUCAAGGAAAGGCCAGUUGCAGUAGAAUGUCAUCCAGUAGAGAAUCUAGUCCAUGAGACCUGCAAACAAGUUAUACUGACACGUAAUAAUUUGGAGGAUAAUAUUGGUGAAGAGGUAAAUGAGUACAUGCAGACUGAUGUGGUUGGAGGCUCAGAAUUGUCUCCCAGUUCCUGUUUGGACAGACCAUUCCAAGAAGUUACUAUCAAGAAAAAGGUUCAGCAGCCACCUGCAGCUGAGAAGGACAUGUCAGGCAUGUUGUCAAUGCUCAGUAGUGACUUAGAUCAGUAUCUCAAGGAAAGGCCAGUUGCAUCAGAAUGUCAUCCAGUAGAGCAUCUAGUCCAUGAGACCUGCAAACAAGUUAUACUGACACGUAAUAAUUCGGAGGAUAACGUAGGCGAAAAGGCAAAUGAGUACAUGCACACUGAUGUGGUUGGAGGCUCAGAACUGUCACCAAGUUCUGUUUUGGAGAGACCGUUCCAAGAAGUUACUAUCAUGAAAAAGGCACAGCAGCCACCCACAGCUGAGAGGGACAUGUCAGGCAUGUUGUCACUGCUCAGUAGUGACUUAGAUCAGUAUCUCAAGGAAGGGCCAGAUGUGAGACAAUACCACCAAGAAGAGGAUUUAGUCAAGGAGAGCUACAAACAAAUCAUACUAAAAAAAGUCUCAACAAGAGAAAAUCUCUCACCCAAAGAUACAAAGUUAGACGCUUCGGAUAUCAAUGAAAAGGUGGUUUUGGAAAGUGGAUGGAGUUUCUCAUCUGAGGAGGGUGAGGCUAAAUUCUCACUUGAUGCAAUGUCAGAUUUUAAUGGGUCUACUGCAGGGAUAGUGGGAAUUACAACGUCAUAUGCAACAGCUGAUGGCUGUAACAGUGAUCAUGAAGAUGUCAGUGUAGUUGAUGCUCAUUCAACCUUCAAGACAGACACAUUUUUACCACCAAGUAGUUCUCGCACACUACAGCGUCCAUGUGAUUUGGAGAACCUCAACAAUAUGUUAUUUAAUGACCCAGCUAAAGAGCCAUGUCAACGAGAUUCACUCGAGGCCAGUCCUCUUGAGGAGGAUAGAUCUUCAAAAAAAUCUCCUGAUUCAAUUGAGCCAAGCCCUACUGGAGAAUCUCCUUCUCCAGAUUCUCUCGAGGGAAGUCCCACUAAAUCAGAGGGAUCCGAAUUUAAGAUGCCCUUCAAGACAGCUGUGUAUGAGGAUUAUGCUUCCCAGCUCAAAGCAUGUUUCGCUCAUGACACAAAUAUUUACGGGUAUGAAGGUGAGCAUGAUGAGCAUGAAGAAACUGGCGUAAAUAUCCAAAUGGAAAGUGACAUUAAUUACACCACUAAAAAACAGAUCACCCCAGAAGAGGAGAUGUUUAAAAUGGCUGCAAAGAUCAAAACAUUCGAGGAGAUGGACCAGGAGUCUACAUUUAAGAGAGACACCUCUUUAGUGACUGGGGAUUUCAAAGACACUGAACUAAAUCUCUAUGCUGGCCCAGUAACACAGUCUUUGUCACAAGAAACACCAGGGGAAAUGUCAGACAAAUGGGUGAUAGAAGACACUCAUACACUCAUUGAACCAACAGAUGUUAAUUCAAGUAUUACAGAGAAGGACGAAAUUCAGUCACAUCUGAAAAUAACUCAAUCUGAUGAUGAUUCAUUGAGUUCACCUACAAAUGAAAAAGAACCUGAUCCAGACAGUGAGGAGUAUGUUCCAAUGUUUGAAGGUAGAAGAAAAGAAGUGCAAAUAUACCAAGAGAAAGAUGAAAGAGAAAGUGACCAUGCCUCAGUCAAUGACACACAAUUUGCCAGCUUUGUGAGAGAUGAGCACCAUCCAGAUGAUGAUGAAGUUGAGUUUCCUCUGACUGACAGCUUAGAUACCAUCAGCAGACCUGGGUGUGAGGGUGACAUUGAUGUGGCCCUGAAUUCACAGGUUAAGGCGGAGAAACAGAUGAUUGUUUGUCCUGCAGUGGACAGAACACCUAAUCGGACUCCAGCUGAUGAGAGCACUGAUCCUGACCCAUUUCAAUUUCAAGAGGGGAAGCUGUUCGAAAUGACCAGAGGGGGUGCUAUUGAUUUGACAAGUUUUGACGAAGAAGCGGAAGGAUAUGCAUUUUUUCAUAUUGGGGAGCAUCCAGUUGAUGAAGAUGUGGCAGAGGAGAAUGGGGAAGGUCAGUCAGUCAUUAAGUCUUUUACUUUAGAAAAGAGUUAUUCGUGUACUGACACAACCCCUCAAAAGAUGCCCACAUCUCCUCUGGCUCAAAAUUCAAAUGAGAAUAUUCCUAUACCCAAACCCAGAAUGCUCAUCAAUCACUCAAGUAACAAGUCAGAGAGUGAAAAGCCCCUUUCAGAAGCUAAUCUUGGCAGCUCCAUUGAGGUUCAGCUUGUUUCCCCCAAUGCCUUGGAGAAACUAACCAAUGUGCAAAGUGAGGUUGGAAGCCUUGACAGCUUUGGUCUAGACUAUCUAGACUCUACUGUAGCUGAGCUUCAAUUAGAAGCAUCCACAGUUGUCCAUUCGGCAUAUUCAGAGGAAAGCCACAACUCCACAGAUUCUUCUAACGAUGAUGAUGAGGGGGAGGAGGAAGAUGAAGAGGACCAGUGCUCAGUCAUAGAGGUGUCCAUUUCAGCUGUGCAGGCUGUCAUCCCAGCAUGUCAUCAGGAUUCAACCCCACCAUUUGCAAUCAGCCCAAUUCAAGAGGCUUCCCAUUUCAUAUCAGAAAUGAUGUCCAAAGACUCACAGAUGACUGUGCUUGGUCCAGUUCAAAGAAAAGCAGAUAAAAGCUUAACCAUGGAUCGUAGAACUCGAUCUCAGACUGAUAGUGUCAGUAGUAAAACCUCUUACAAAGACUCAAGGUGUUAUUCUGAGAGCAGUCAAUCCUCUUCUAAAGCAAACUUCCCCCCUUCCAAACCUCUGGUUAUUUCCUCUGAUCAGAGAAAAGAAAACCAAGUUUCUAAGACUAUAGAAACAUCUGUUAGGUCUUCUUUGGAUACUGAUGAUACAAGCAGUGCCAGUCACAAGAGCCCAGAUUCUGUUAUCUUCACAUAUGACAUCCCAGCCUCACAUAGUUCAGAUUCUGAUGGCAAUCAAUUGCCAUGCGUGAAACCAUCCUCUGGAAAAGAGGAUGUAUUUGAAUCAAGACCUGCCUGGGAAGACACGGUGGAAACUCAGAUGCAGAGAAUCACCGAUGACCAAACUCCAGAAUUGGAUUGGCAGGAUGAUGCUGACAGGAAAGAGGAGACAUUAGCUAUCAUUGCAGAUCUGCUUGGCUUCAGCUGGACUGAGCUGGCAAGAGAAUUGGAAUUUAGUGAGAAUGAAAUCCAGUCAGUGAGAACAGAGAAUCCUAAUUCCCUCCAAGAGCAGAGCCAUGCCUUGCUGCAGUGCUGGGUUGAGCGGGAAGGUAAACAUGCCACAGAGGACUGUCUAAUUAAGAGGCUAACCAAGAUCAACCGCAUGGACAUAGUCCAUCUUAUUGAAACUCAGAUGAACAAGUCAGUUCAAGAGCAAACAUCUAGAACUUAUGCAGAGAUCGAGAAAACACUGGAUCACAGUGAAGUGUCAGUUGCCCUAUCUUCUGUGCAAGAGGAUGUAGACAGCCCCAGGUUUGUGAGAAUGGUGGAGACGGAUCGCAGACCACCCCCAGCUGUUUCUGAAGAGGACCUGUCAGUUGCUUCCCUACUGGAUAUUCCUUCCUGGGCAGAGCCUGCUGGACAUACCCACUCAGAGAGCAUCCAUGGUGACCUGUUGGACGAGCUUGAAAUCCCACAAGAAUUAAACCCUAAUCUGUGGACCUCUGAGGAUGUAAUUACACCCGAACCUACAGGUUACGACAACUCUGAUGAGCAAGUAUCAGCAGCUUCUUUCAAGACCGAUCUUUCAGAUCAAGAAAAAAAUGUUGAUGUAGGACAGAGUCAGGUCUUUCCAAACGAGCUGCCACCCUUGGCAUAUGAUUCAGACACACUUCCCACUCAAAAACUAGAAUUGCAGAUUCCAAGUACAUUUGACCUAUUUGAAAUGAAAUCCGAAAUUGCAUUGACUGAUCAAAGUAGCUCACCACAAGAAAAGGAUGAACAGAUGACUUUCCCCACACAAAGUGAAGACUGUGGCUUAGCUGAACCAAGCUCAGUGACCCCAGACUCACUCUGUCUAAUAGCCCAAGACAGUACACAUGAUAAAAUCAUCAUGUCCUCAGAAUCCACUCCAACACCACCAGGGUCUGGGUCCCCUCAGCUUGAUCAGCUACUGUCAGAUCUGGAGGAGAUGAAACUGAAGUUUAGUCCAGAGGCACUUAGCCCACUUGUGUCAGAAUCCAGCGCUGAGAGCCCUGCAGUUGAUCAAAGUUACAAGUUUGAAGAUCUUUUGCCUGAAGAUCAAUGUCCUACAGAUGAUGAUGAUACCGUAAGAAGGAUUUCUGUUAUGCAGCUCACAAAUGACAGUUAUCACACAAACAUCGAGGAGAUCUCACGUUUCCAGACAUCCCCUCAAGAUGAACCUGAAUUAGUCCCAACUGCUCCCGAUCAAACAAAUACCUUUGAGACAAGUGCACCAGCAAGUUUAGCUAGAGAUAAAGACGGUCCUGCAUCCUCUACUAAGUCACAUUCAAACCCAGAAUCUCCCCAAAGAUUUUGUGACGCAACAGAACCAUCAAGUUUUCUUUUGGACAUAUUCGACUCAAACAAAUAUGGUGAAAAUUCUUCUGAGACAUUUUCGUCAGUGUCUUUGCCCAGAAUAGCUUGUCAUUCUCACAUACCUGAAAACAAUCUGGCUGUUCAAGUUGAGCAAGAUUCUACAACUGAGGUUAUUCAUGGAAAAGAACAGCAUGAAUCAACUACACCAUAUAAUUUCUCAUGGGAUGUGACCAAAGAACCAUCAACACAGAGUAUGUAUCAACUUCCGUUUUCGUGGGGGGUGUCCUCUGUGGAAGCUGUUCAGACUGAAGACGUUUCCUCCCAGUCUCUUUCUGAUUUGACACCUGAGACAGUUACGUGUGCAAGACAUUUUAGCUUUGAGGAAUCGAUCCCAUUCUCCUCUUCAAGGAACGUAGAGACAUCUCCAGAAGUGGAUAGUCCAAGGAUCAGUGGACAGUAUUUAGAUGAAUCAGCAGUAGACUAUGAAUGUUUUGCCUCUCAACCCACUUCAGUGGAACCUAAAGCAGAGACGACUUCAUCGAGUACUGAUGAGGAAUAUAUCAUUACACCUGGAUACUCAGAGACCACUUCUCCUGCAACCUUCAAUACCUGCGUGCCUCCCAGAUAUGCGGACGUUGUGCAAGGUGGUGCAGACUGCCCUACCUUUGAAUACUAUGACCCAGAGCCAUUCUUUGAGUGCAAACAAGCUACGUCGGAUUUCUCAGAGACCGAGCCCGAUGAACCUGAGUCAAGAUCUAAGCCAAGUGAAGAGGUCCCUCUGGAUUUCGUCAGCCAUUCUAGGGUGAAUCGAGGAGAGCUUUUAUCCUCUGGAAGCGAAGAUUACGAGGAUGCUCCUUUUGUCCAUGAGCCUCUUCAGAGUGUAUACGAAGAGAGUGAAGAAUUAAUACACUAUUCAGAAGCUUCCGAUGACGAAUUCACCCUAUGUGAGGCUACACAACCGCCCCCUGUCUGUGAAAUAGGGGCAUAUGAUGAUACUGAUAAAUCUCUGACAAGGGAGGUCACUGCAGAGCUCGGAUCAAUGUCCGAAAGUUCAGACGAUGAAUUUUUGACCACCAGAGUAGUGCGAAGAAGAGUUGUCAUACAGGCGGAUGAAAUGCCUGACCUGCCCACUCAGUCAAUGACAGAGGAGCAGUACAAGGACGAACAUGGGCACCUUGUUGUCAAAAAGGUAACCCGUAAAAUUAUCCGCAAGUGUAUUUCUGCCGAUGGCGUGGAGCGUGAGGAGGUGACGUUGGAAGGAGCUCCGCAGACGUCCAUCAGUGUAGCAGAGGGAGACAGUUACUCCAAAGUUGUGAAGCGGACAGUACUGAAGAGUGAAGGAGAACAUACAGAGGUAACAUUUGCUGAAUGUGAGGGUUUCUCAGCAUCAAGGCAGGAGUCGACCGAGGGUCGCAAGGUCAGUCUCGGGGAAAGAACGAAGGUGUUGGAGGGUGAAAGGACAAUGACGCACCAGGGUGAUCCAUCUUUGGCAUCUGACCUCCCCACAGCCCAAGAUGACUUCAAACAGGCACUAGGUUAUAUAAAUGGUUCAAGCAGAACACAGCUCCCUCAUGUAGUAGAGAGAGAGACUGUCAAAGAAGAUGGAACUGUGGUCAGGAGGGCUCACAUGCGUAAAGGUCGCACCCUCAGACGGACGGUGGUGAAGGAAGCUGGGCGGCGCAAACAGGUCCUGCUCGAGCAAGUGGACCAUCCCAGGAAAGGGUCAAAACUAUGCGUGCUCCAGGAGCAUCUCCACCAGCUCUUUCAUAAUUUCCACGAAGAAGACGAGGAGGACACUGAUGAUGAUGAAGAGGAGGAGGAAGAAUAG